UGUUGCAGAGCCCUCAUGACGUCAUGACGUCCAACGCGAUCCGCGGCAUUCGGCGCAAAAAGUCCUCGCUCUCCGAGGUGAAGGUGGCCGUCCUGGGAGCGCCCGCCGUCGGCAAGAGCGCGCUGACAGUAAGGUUCCUAACCAAGAGGUACAUCGGCGAAUAUGACCAUCAGGCAGAGAACCGUUACAAGUACGAGGUGCUGGUGGACGGGGAGCCCGUCCUGUUCGAGAUCCUCGACACUUGCCCGAAGUCCGAGGACGACACCCCAGCGUGCGAGUCGCUGCACUGGGCCGACGGCUUCCUGCUCGUGUACUCCAUCACGGACCGGCGCUCCUUCAACUACGUGCGCCGCGUCAAGCAGCUGCUGCCGGGAGACACGCCGCUCGCCCUGGUCGGCAACAAGGGCGACAUGGUGCACCUCCGGCAGGUCAGCACCGAGGAGGGUGAGAUCCUGGCCAAGGACUACGACUGCUGGUUCUCCGAGCUGACCGCGGCCGAGCAGGUGUCCCAGGUGGCCGAGGCGUUCCACGAGCUGUGCCGGGAGGUGCUGAACGCGCGCCGCAUGAAGAACAAGCAGUCCCUGCUGGACCGCAUGCUCGGCACCAAGUCGCCCAACAUCCGCUCCUACGCGCGCGGCAAGAGCGACUCGGCGCUCCCGCGCGAGUAGCGCAGCGCUGCUGCCUGGGGAAGUCCGUACGCCGAGACCUCCACGACAGUGCACCUUAUGACGUCCACGGAGUGGAUUAUCCAGUUCGGCGACCCCCGCGCACACUGCCGACGCCCGCUGAUGGGCACGCGGGCCUGACUGCUGCUGCACUGAACUAUUAUUUGUGAAAAACUUCAGUGGGCCGUGUACAUAAAUUUACUGAAUGCUUUUGAUACCAAUUAAGUUACGUACGUGUUCUGUUGUUCUCAUAUCUUUUUACGUGUAAGCAGGGGUGAGUUUGUGUGUGUAUGUGUGGAAAAUAAACGUGUGAUAUGCAAACGUAAA